GCUACUAGUGGUAAGUGGGGCAUCGCAUUCCUCUAUAAAGCAAAAGAGAAAAGGUUCAAAGAAAUAAUCAAACAACUCCAAUAUCACUAACUAAACCUAUCAACGAAUUCUUCCAGUUCAAUCCAUGACCCACAUCACAAAUCCCCAAAUCCUUUCUUUGUAAGUCUCAAAGUUUCCAUUUUUUUUCUUCUAAACUAUUCUGGGUCUUUCCAAUUUUUUUUCUUUCCCAUAGCUUCCAUGAAAUGGUAGAUCCUAUGUUAGUUUCUUUCUAUGAUUCCUUUAUCUGUUACUUUGAUCAUUAGAAACCAAAGGAGAUCCUUCAAACUCAACUCAAUCGAAAGGAGAUCUCUUCUCAUUACAAUUACUUUCUCCUCUCAAUUCAAGCAAUGAAACUCAAGAAGAGAAAAAAAACUCUAUUCAAAAGGGAAGCUCCAUACAACAAUUAUGAUUUCCUUGAUUAAUAAAUAAGGUGAGAAUACUAAGUCUCUACCUUAAAUGUGUAACUUAGGCGCACUAGUUUAAAAAUUAUGCUUGUUGGAUUAUGUUUUCAUGUGCUAUAUGAAUUGCCCUUUUUGAUCUUCAAUGUAUAGUUUUCCAUGUUAUUGACAAAAAUAGAAAUAAGCUAGAUUAUGUUUUCAUGUAUGUGCUAUAUAUAUGCUAUAUAUAUGAAUUGCCUUUUUGAUCUUCAAUGUAUAGUUUUCCAUGGUAUUCACUAAAAUAGAAAUUAGCGAACUCACGAAAGUAUUUUAAGACAUAUUCAACAAGUAUUAAUAAUUUAAUAGGGUUUUUAAAGUUCUAAUUAAACUUUCAUAUGUUGUUAUUUAAAUUUAAUUCUCCAAAAAAAUCUUGUUUCAAUCACUUGACAACAUUCAUAACGGAAAAACCAUAAUGGCCAUUUUGCUUCCUUAAUUUACGUAAAUCAUUUUGCUUCCUUAAUCUAGGUAUACACAUAAAUAUUCUCUGUGUCAUUGGCGCAGAUGGAUUUGUUGGUUCCUGGCUACUCAAUUUAUUGCUCUCGAAGGGAUAUUACGUACAUGCGACCACUAAAGUACCACAACCAGACUGUCUUACUAAAUAUCCACUAUUAGGCAAAAUAAUGACUACUUUUCCAAAUCAGCUUCGACUCUUUAAGUCAAAUAUUUUGGAUUAUAGCUCUAUUCUCCCGGCAGUUGUGGGAUGCAGAGGUGUUUUCCACCUUGCUUGUCCUAUUCCGUUUGGUCACGUUAAAAAUCCUUUGGAGGAAGUAAUUGAACCGGCGACCCAAGGAACAUGCAAUGUACUUCAAGCUUGUAAAAUUGCUAAUGUCAAACGAAUAGUGCAUGUUUCAUCGGGAGCUGCCAUAAAUGCAAAAAUUCCACAAAUUGGUCUCAGUCGAAACAGUAGACACUCCGAAACCACACCUGCAGAGAAAAACACUCCCGCAGCAGACAGCACUAGACUAACAGAAAUAAACCGACACGGACCAAAUCACCAAUGCGCGAAUCUGAGACUGAUUGAGGACAACAACUUCUUGGACCAUAAAAUCUGACUAUUGAACUUAACAUUGAUUAAUCCAAGUCAGAGCAUAAGAAAUGCUAAGACAGGAAAAGGUUAUUACAUCAUAUAGUAUUGAAACAGAACAAAACCACAUACCAACUGCACCAAGGACAAAUUACAACAGAAACAACUCCACAUACAAACUGCACCAAGAUUAAAUUAUAAUUAUACAAGCACAGACCUAUGCAGUCCUAGGCAAACUAUAGAACUGAAAAGGAGUAUUGCCGAUAUCUCAUAAUGAGAUAUCAAAUUCCAGCAAAGUCAUCAAGUGCUCCCAAUUUAGUGCCAACAGUUUUAAUAAAAUUGAUGAAGUCUUCAUACGUGAAUGUCUUGUAACGGAGAGGAUGAUCUUCAUCUACUAACUCAGAGGGCACCUUAAUGAAUGUUUCUUCCCUUGGAAAUGAAAAAAGAAUAAAUACAUAUCUGUCUUUGUUUCCUCUUA